CAUCUGCAAGUGCUGAAUGAGGCAAACGGAUGGAUCGGGGGCCAAGCCAAGGGACUCGUUUUGUCAGCCGCAGCCGCAAAUGCGGCAAUCCUCGGACCGGGAAGCUUGAUUGCUUUUUUUUCUCUUUCCUUUUUCACUUUAACUUCGCCCCUUCCACAGGAGCCAAAAGGCUUAACCCGACAAACCCUACGAAGACGACGCAGCGCAGUAUCCUUUUCUGAAUUCUUAAACUCAGACCAUUAAAGCCGCAAAUCAUAACGGAAAUGCCUUCAGAUAGGCUGUUGCGAGGCCUCGCGCCUCUCGUUCCCAAAGCCUCUCGACCCGUCCGCCCCGCCGCAACAUGCCUCCGCCUCCGGCAGGCGGCCGCUACACGGCAAGCCCACACCUCCAGCGCGCGCCCUGCGCCCCUCACAACCAGCUCCAGUGCCCGACCGCGACUUUCACGACCAGCGAUUGAAACAUGGGGCGCACUAAGCCCCGCCGCGGCGGCGGGUAGGGGCCGGCGCACAAUCUUCAUCCAGACGGAGAACACGCCGAACGCGGACGCGCUCAAAUUCCUACCGAACCACCGGGUGCUGCCCGAGGGCCUGGCGACGCCCUUCAUCGAGUACAUGAGCCCGCGAUCGACGAUUGCUCCACCGUACCCGUCGCCGCUGGCGGCGCAGCUGAUGAACAUCGACGGCGUGACGUCGGUGUUCUACGGCGCCGACUUCAUCACGGUGACCAAGGCGGCCGACGCCAACUGGGCGCACAUCCGGCCCGAGGUGUUUGCGCUCAUCACCGAGGCCAUCACGUCGGGCCAGACCAUCGUCAACGUGACGGAGCGCAGGGAGGGCGAUGAGGCCGAGGCCGAGGCCCACGGCCAGAACUCGUACGCCGAGGACAGUCUCAGCUACAACGAGAACGACAGCGAGGUCGUGGGCAUGAUCAAGGAGCUCCUCGAGACGCGCAUCCGCCCGGCCAUCCAGGACGACGGCGGCGACAUCGAAUUCCGCGGCUUCGAGAACGGGCAGGUGCUGCUCAAGCUGCGCGGCGCUUGCCGGACCUGCGACUCGAGCACCGUCACACUAAAGAACGGCAUCGAGGGCAUGCUAAUGCACUACAUCGAGGAGGUCCAAGGUGUCCAGCAGGUUCUGGACCAGGAAGAAGAAAUUUCCCUGCAGGAGUUCGCAAAGUUUGAGGAGAAGCUCAAGGUCAAGAAAGGAGAAGCUCCUCCUUCUACUGUAGGAAAGGGGUCUCUCGACACUGUUCCCGGGUAAUUGAUAGGGGGCGUGCUUAGACAUAGAUUCGGUGUCUACGCAUCUUUGAUGAACCAAGUCUUGGACUCCCCUUUCUCACCAUUCAUUGCCACUGCUUGGCUGUACUCUUUGUUUGGUUCUCAGACCUCGCUAGGCCAAAAAUGGCUGCAUCUCCAGUAUCAGAUAGAUUGACUGGUGCGGGCAAUUGGCAGUCUUUUCUCCGCAGCAUAUUUCUCGCUUUGGAGAGGUGCGUGACAGGAGCUGUACAUCUGGGCCGAUGGAUUCUGUAUACAGAACCAUUAGGGACGAGGGUAUAUAUUUCUUUUGUUCUCCAUCUGCGCUCCCAACAGUUCAAACAGCUGAGGCCCCGAGUUGAAUUGGACAGACACAAGAGCGCAAUUGAACUCGCAACAGUUUACAGUAUCACUACCUGCUAGUCAUAUCGCGGCCAGCCGCGCAUAGUUGAUUUUAUUUUCGCUGUCCGCCGUGGAAAUGAUUACUGUUGCAGGAACGU